GGGUGUUGGCUGGACUUACCACUGCAUAUCAAAGCUAGGAAAGCAGUAAUCAAUAUAAAGAGUCCAGAUAACGCGUGCUUUGCGUGGGCAGUAGUCGCAGCUAUGUACCCUGCCGACACUAAUGUAAACAGAAUGUCACAGUAUCCACAUUAUUCGAGAGUGUUAAAUCUUGAUGGUAUCGAGUUUCCAAUGUCUCUAAAUAAGAUCGGACAAUUUGAACGUCAGAAUAACUUGUCUAUUAAUGUGUUUACCAUUAAAGAAGAGAAUUAUAUAGGGGCAAAUUAUAUUUUGCCCCUUCGUCUUACAGCACAUAAGAAGGAGGUUCACGUUAAUCUGUUGCUCAUAUAUGGAAUUCGAUGUGGCAAAAAGGUCAUGCAUUUCACGUGGAUAAAGAAUUUGUCACGCUUAAUAAGCACGCAAUUGAGUAAACGUAAAGCAAAGAAAUAUGUAUGUGAUCGAUGUUUGCAUUAUUUUUAUUCGCAAAGAAAAUUAGCGAAUCAUAUCAUUGACUGCGAAAGUAGGAACGAAUGCGCUGUCGUUCUUCCGUCCGACAAAGAUAAGUGGUUAUUCUUUCGUAAUCAUCAGAACAAGGAGCGACUUCCGUUUGUCGUAUACGCCGAUCUGGAAUGUAUAUUAGAGAAGAAGGAUAACGAAGAGGAAAGAGAAAUGGACAUCGAUAGAGAGGGGGAGGAGGAGGAGGAGGAUGACAACGACGAAGAGCGUCGAGAUGACAUUCCGCGUAGACGCGCCUAUCAACAUCAUCGUGCGUUUAGCGUAGGAUAUUAUGUUUGCGGCGCGUACAAUUACACAUCGACGUACAAAUAUCGUAAUCAUCAGAACAAGAAGCGACUUCCGUUUGUCAUAUACGCCGAUCUGGAAUGUAUAUUAGAGAAGAAGGAUAACGAAGAGGAAAGAGAAAUGGACAUCGAUAGAGAGGGGGAGGAGGAGGAGGAGGAUGACAACGACGCGGUGAGGAUUGUGUUACAUGGUUCGUCAAUGAGUUGCAUGAAUUGGCUCAACUUGUGA